AUGAGUGAGGCCACUACCGAAAAUGGCGGAUCUUCUGAUUUGAAGGCUCAGAUUCAGCGGUACUUGGUUGCAUCUGGCAAUUAUGAAAAAAUAUCGGAUAAACUGGGCGAAAGAUUGUUGCAAGAUGGAUGGGUCGAUGAGGUCAGAAGGCUAAUAACAGCAGAAAUUCGCGCUACAAACUCGACGAAUUUUUCCCAAAUAUUAUCAAAGAUUGAACCAGAGGCCUUAGAUUUGGUUUCAACUCCCACAAAAGAAGAGGUUCUUGAGCAAAUAAGAGUAUUUCUGAAUGAAAUUGUGGGCACAGAAUAA